UAGUGCCGUUCCUUUCGCGAUUAUGUAUCCACCCUCCAUUGAAAUGAUCAGUAUCUUACAAAUCAAGAUGAUCCGUACUACAUGAUUUACUCGAGUCGCCCUUAACCGAGUCGGAAAUCGAUGCCAGCCGCUCUUUCUCUGUUGAAUUCCACCGUCCGAUUCUUCCUUCGACCAUAAGUCGAGUGCCCAUAAAAUGGGUACGAGGAACAAUCUCGUACACGAGUGCGUGCGUGUCAGAGAUUAGGUACCAAGAACUGCUGGAGCUCGCUCUCAACCUGGAUCCGGGACCCGCCAACCUGCAUAUUCUCCUUCUCCUUCCUCUACCAAGCUUUUGUCCUCGUGGAGUAGAGUGAGAUAACAAGAAGGAAGUUCACCGAUUCUUGCAUUCUGCCGGAACCAGAAUCCAAGGAUCGGUUGAACUUUGUAAGUAUCAGUGGCCGAAGUGGCCGUUGCAGCUGCUGCUUCGACUCCGAUGGAUGGCGAGAUUGGAUCGAGCAGCGGAGCUCUCGCCACCUUUCAGUGGGGUGGGACGAUCUCUGCCAUAUUCUUGUUGAUCAUAAAUCGAGCUGGGAGGAAAUCAUCCAUGCAGACUACUGCUCUUGUAUUGUAUCUAUUCACAAGUUUUCCCACUGUGCUCUUCAAAAUUCUUAGGGGACAGUUUGGUUGUUGGGUUGCUUUUCUCGCCGUCGCAGCCAACCUCUUCUUUCCUCGAACCAUCACAGUUUCUCGUUGUAUCUUAUUCGUCAUAACUCCUGACUGGAUCGUCAACGGACUACGUGACAGCAUGGUGGGUGGCAUAUUUUGUCUAAUUCUAGGAAUUAUACUGGUCAUAAAUGAGAUAUGGGGCAUGGACGGGCUCGCUAAUUGGUGUUGCAAUUGCCAUUGCUUCGGUUAUUGUCUUGGGGUGGGCUUUCUCUUUUUCUUUACAAUAUAUUACCUGUGUAAAGGUACUUGGUAGGCUGCGUGCUUCAAAUGAGAUGGCGAUCUUGCACUUUUUGAUACAAA